ACACCAAGGGAGCUACUGGGGCAUACGCAUUUUCUGGUUUACUUUAGCUAAUUUAUGUAACAGCAGUGGGGAAAAAUAACUCUCCGGUUUAUUUUACAACUCAUUUUUUGAUAAUAGUUUGGUACUUUUGCGUUUAUUUAUUCUAUUUAAUUAUUUAUUUUUUGUGUCAUUGGGGAGGAACUACAGGUGGAGUGCACGGUUUGCUUGGAUUUUUAUAAUUGAUACAAUUCAGUUAUCUUCUAAUACGCAUACGCUACAGACGACAAGCGACGUUUUUAUCCGUGGCUUGCAGCAAGAACAACUGCGAAGAAACGAAAUACCUCUGCGAGACUGUCCUGAUGCUAGGUCUGCGUGUUUAAAGAGGCGCCGGGACAGCAUCUUAACUGUGACAAGACCGCAAGCCAGUUUAGAAACGCGAAAUAAUAAUUUCAUUUAGCGGCUAAAUCGCUUUACCGCCAUCAUGCCCAGCAUGCGACAGUCGUACACCGUGACUGUUCCCGAAGACCCCCCGGCCGCCGCUUUCCCGUUCCUGAAGCCGGACCUGCGGCGGAAGAGCUCUACGAUGUCGGGCUCGGUGCUGGUAUCCACCUUUGUGGGGCUCCUCAUUAACCAAGCUAAGAACUCGAAGCACACUCAGGGCCUGGUGGGACUGCGGAACCUGGGGAACACGUGCUUCAUGAACUCCAUCCUGCAGUGUCUUAGUAACACUCACGAACUGCGGGACUACUGCCUGCAGAACUCUCACCGACGGGACCUCAACAACAACAGCCGCGCUAACACCGCGCUCAUGGAGGAGUUCGCCAAACUCACACAGACCUUGUGGACAUCGUCCGGCAGCGAGGCGAUCAGCCCCUCAGAGUUCAAGACCCAGAUCCAGAAAUACGCCCCCAGAUUCGUGGGCUACAACCAACAGGACGCACAGGAGUUCUUGCGCUUCCUUCUGGACGGGCUGCACAACGACGUCAACCGGGUCACCGUGCGGCCACGGGUCCACGCGGAGGACCUCGACCACCUGACCGAUGAGGAGAAAGGGAAAAGGAUGUGGAAGAAGUACCUGGAGAGGGAGGACAGCAAAGUAGUCGACCUGUUCGUGGGCCAGCUGAAGAGCUCCCUCACCUGCAGCGAGUGCGGAUACUGCUCCACGGUGUUCGACCCCUUCUGGGACCUCUCCCUGCCCAUCGCCAAGAAGAACAGUGGGGAGGUGAGUCUCGUGGACUGCAUACGACUCUUCACCAAAGAGGACGUGCUGGAUGGGGAUGAGAAGCCGACGUGCUACAGGUGUAAAGCCAGAAGGAAAUGCACAAAGAAGUUCACGAUCCAGAAAUUCCCCAAGAUCCUCGUGCUUCAUCUGAAACGAUUCUCCGAAGCUCGGGUCAGAACGAGUAAACUGUCCACGUUCGUCAACUUCCCCAUGAAGGACCUGGACCUCAGGGAGUUCGCAUCAGACAGCAGCACGAAUGCAGUCUAUAACCUGUAUGCAGUGUCAAAUCACUCAGGCACAACUAUGGGCGGACACUACACAGCCUACUGCCGCAACUCCACCUUGGGAGAGUGGUACACCUUCAAUGACUCCAGAGUAACACCGAUGUCUUCCAGCCAAGUGCGCAGCAGUGACGCCUACGUGCUAUUCUACGAACUGUCCACCUCCUCGCGGGUGUGAGGGCCCCUUGCGGCCGCGGUCAUCGAGAAGCUAGCCCCGGCCCCCUUAAGACUGAUCUGACAGAAAAAGGGGCCUCCUGGACUUCUCAGCACCAGCCGUGGACAGCGAGACUUCUUCCACUGGCGGCGGGGGAGACCUCCGAGCAAGCUCCCCGACCCCCCCGUCUCACUCCUCUGGGUGUGUGUGGGUGUGUGCGUGUUCGUGAGCACGCAUUUGUGUGUGU